UGAUCUGGGUAACCCGGAACAGUUUUAAUGUUUUUAUCUACACACAACCCUUCAUUCGUAACAACAACUCAAUGAACCUAUCGUACACAGACAGUGCGUCUCGGACCAGUGAGUUUCCCCAUCCCAAGAUGUCAGCUGACUCCAUGGAGAUUGAUGACUCCCUGUACAGUCGUCAGAGGUAUGUCCUGGGGGACAGUGCUAUGCAGCAGAUGGCUCAGUCUUCUGUCUUCCUCAGUGGAAUGGGAGGACUGGGAGUGGAGAUCGCAAAGAACAUCGUGUUAGCAGGUGUGAAGGUGUUGACGCUGCAUGACACUAAGCAGUGUGAGACCUGGGACCUGGGCUCCAACUUCUUCCUCAGACAGGACGAUGUGCUGACUCACAGGAACAGGGCUUUGGCGGUCCAUCCCAGGGUAGCAGAGUUGAACCCUUACGUCCAUGUGGACACGUCCUCCUCCUCUCUCGACCUGUCCACUGACCUCAGCUUCCUCAAGAGAUACCAGUGUGUGAUCCUGACUGAGGCCAGGCUGAGUCUCCAGAAGAAAAUCAAUGACUUCUGCCACUUCCAUCAGCCUCCUAUCAGGUUCAUUGGAUGUGACGCGUAUGGGAUCUGUGUGAGAGUGUUCUGUGACUUCGGGGACCAGUUUGAGGUGUCGGACCCCACGGGAGAAGAAGCCAAGGAGAUGUUUAUCCAGAACAUCACACAGGGUAACCCAGGGGUGGUAACCUGUAUGGACAGCAGGACCCACGGCCUCCAGACUGGACAGAGUGUUCUCUUCAGAGAGGUCAACGGCAUGGACACACUCAACGGCACCUCACGACAGGUCACAGUCCUCUCUCCCUACAGUUUCACCGUAGGGGACACGUCGUGUCUGCAGCCCUAUGCACACGGGGGCUUCUUCCUGCUGGUCAAAACCCCCAGAACAUACAGCUUCGAGACGAUGGAGCAACAACUGUCUGAGCCUCAGGUCCUGACUCCCGACUUCAGCAAACCAGAGGCCCCGCUGCAGAUCCACGCCGCCAUGCUGGCUCUCGAUGCCUUCCAGGGGCAACACAACAGACUGCCCAAUAUUGGGUGCUGUCAGGAUGCGGAGGUUCUGGUCAAACUAACAGAGGAAGUCAACCACACCUUGACAACCAGAGCUCCAGUGAAUAGUGAGUUGGUGCGUUGUCUGUCCAGAACGGCUCAGGGUUCUCUCCCUCCGUUGUCCGCGGCGGUGGGGGGCAUUGCCAGUCAGGAGGUCCUCAAGGCCCUCACGGGGAAGUUUGCCCCGCUACAGCAAUGGUUCUAUCUCGAUGCCAUAGAGGUAGUGAAACCACUACAGUCUCUAUCUGCAGAGGAGUUUAGCCCCAGGGGUGAUCGGUACGACGGGCUGAGGGUCUGCAUCGGGGAGACCAUGUGUCGGGAACUCCACAAGCUGAGAGUCUUUAUGGUGGGCUGUGGAGCCAUUGGCUGUGAGAUGCUCAAGAACUUUGCCCUGCUGGGAGUGGGAUUGGCCAAGAGCUCAGGAGAGGUGUGUGUGACGGACCCAGACCUGAUAGAGAAGUCCAACCUCAACAGACAGUUCCUCUUCAGAUCUCAGCACAUACAGAAACCUAAGAGCACCACAGCAGCAGUAGCGACCUUGGAGAUCAACCCAGAGAUGCAGGUAGACGCUCACCUCAACAAGGUGUGUCCUGCCACCGAGGGGAUCUACAACGACCUGUUCUACUCCCGCCUACACCUGGUUGUCACGGCGCUGGACAAUGUAGAGGCUCGCAGAUACGUCGACAGCCGCAGUGUAUCCAAUCAGAAGGCUCUUCUGGAUUCCGGUACCAUGGGAACCAAAGGACACACGGAGAUCAUCGUGCCCAACCUGACCGAGUCUUACAACAGCCAUAGGGACCCACCAGAAGAGGAGAUUCCGUUCUGCACCCUCAAGUCUUUCCCUGCUGUCAUAGAACACACCAUCCAAUGGGCAAGGGACAAGUUUGAGAGUGCGUUUGCCCACAAGCCCACCAUCUAUAAUAUGUUCUGGCAGACCCACUCCUCAGCAGAAGCCGUGCUACAGAGGAUGCAGCAGAGGGAGACUCUGGAGGGGGCGUUCCAGGUAGUCAAGCUGCUGAGUCGACGGCCCAGCCAAUGGGAUCACUGUAUCAUUCUGGCACGCCUGAAAUUCGACAAGUACUUCAAGAGGAAGGCUCUACAGCUGCUGCACUCCUUCCCCCUGGACACUCGGUUAAAGGACGGCAGUUUAUUCUGGCAGUCACCUAAACGACCCCCGUCUCCCAUAGAGUUUGACCUGAAGGACUCACUGCACUUCAGUUUUGUGGUGAGCGCAGCUCGGCUUUAUGCUGAAAUCUACAACAUCCCCUACUCAGAGAAGGAUCUGUCACAGGAAGCCGUGUCCAGGAUGUUGUCAGAGAUUACCAUCCCAGAGUACAGGCCAGCCGAGAAGCGUAUUGAGACGGAUGAGAAUGUGAAGAAGCCUGAUCAGAUGAAGCUGUCUGUGAGCAGCGAGGAGGAGAGAGAGGCCAUCGCCCAGUUAGAGGAGGCUAUCAGUGCAGACCACGUUACACCAGAGAGGUUACGGAUGUCUCCCCGGAUGUUCGAGAAGGACGACGACCUCAACGGUCACAUGGACUUCGUGGCGGCGGCCUCCUCCCUCAGGGCCAGGAUGUACUCCAUCGAGGUGGCCGACCGCCUCAAGACCAAACGCAUCGCCGGGAAGAUCAUCCCCGCCAUCGCCACGGCUACCGCCGCCGUUGCCGGGCUGGUGUCGUUGGAGCUGGUGAAGGUGGUGGGAGGAUACGGGUUUGAGUCGUUCAACAACUGUUUCUUCAACCUGGCCAUUCCUGUCAUGGUCCUCACCGAGGCUGCACCUGUCAAGAGAACACAGAUCAGGGAAGACAUAUCUUUCUCUAUCUGGGACCGCUGGACUGUGUGGGGUCACCAACACUUCUCCCUCUCUGACUUCAUCAACGCAGUGCUGGUGCAUUAUGGGAUAGAGCCUACCAUGGUGGUCCAUGGUGUGAAGAUGCUCUAUGUUCCUGUGAUGCCAGGACACAACAAGAGACUGAAACUAACGAUGCAGAAGUUGAUCAAGCCGUCUGUAGACCGUCGCUAUGUUGACCUGACCGUGUCCUUCGCUCCAGAGUCAGAUGGUGAUGAAGACCUACCUGGACCCCCCAUUAGGUACUACUUCAGCCCCGACGGAGACGCUCACACCGCCUGACACGCCCGGACCAUAACAUCCCUGACACCCCUCAAACUAACCAAAUAUAACCACCCCUCAGUCCCCUCAAACUAACCCCCUGUACCUGCAAAACCCCAGUUGACAACAGUGGUGCUUCUUGAACAGGGGUGGAUUCUAGAACAGGGGUGGAUUCUAGAACAGGGGUGGAUUCUAGAACAGGGGUGGAUUCUAGAACAGGGGUGGAUUCUAGAAUAUAUGUUGAUUCUAGAAUAUAUGUUGAUUCUAGAAUAUAUGUUGAUUCUAGAACAGAUGUUGAUUCUAGAACAGAUGGUGAUUCUAGAACAGAUGGUGAUUCUAGAAUGGGGGGAUUCUAGAACAGGGCUGGCCCCAUGGACCAUUAUUAGAGAAAGAGCAUAGAGGUAGAAAGAGGGCUCUAGAUGGAUAUAACCUGGUUUAAUGAGUUCUCUUUCUACCUCUAUGAGAAGAGGGUAGCACUUGACUGUGUACAUAGUAGUCCCUCUGUGUUUUCUACUCUGGUUUAAAGCACAGCUCAGACUGGUGUUUUCUACUCUGGUUUAAAGCACAGCUCAGACUGGUGUUUUCUACUCUGGUUUAAAGCACAGCUCAGACUGGUGUUUUCUACUCUGGUUUAAAGCACAGCUCAGACUGGUGUUUUCUACUCUGGUUUAAAGCACAGCUCAGACUGGUGUUUUCUACUCUGGUUUAAAGCACAGCUCUGACUGGUGUUUUCUACUCUGGUUUAAAGCACAGCUCAGACUGGUGUUUUCUACUCUGGUUUAAAACACAGCUCAGACUGGUGUUUUCCACUCUGGUUUAAAGCACAGCUCAGACUGGUGUUUUCUACUCUGGUUUAAAGCACAGCUCUGACUGGUGUUUUCUACUCUGGUUUAAAGCACAGCUCUGACUGGUGUUUUCUACUCUGGUUUAAAGCACAGCUCUGACUGGUGUUUUCUACUCUGGUUUAAAGCACAGCUCAGACUGGUGUUUUCUACUCUGGUUUAAAACACAGCUCAGACUGGUGUUUUCCACUCUGGUUUAAAGCACAGCUCAGACUGGUGUUUUCUACUCUGGUUUAAAGCACAGCUCUGACUGGUGUUUUCUACUCUGGUUUAAAGCACAGCUCUGACUGGUGUUUUCCACUCUGGUUUAAAACACAGCUCAGACUGGUGUUUUUUACUCUGGUUUAAAACACAGCUCAGACUGGUUUUCUACUCUGGUUUAAAGCACAGCUCAGACUGGUGUUUUCCACUCUGGUUUAAAGCACAGCUCAGACUGGUGUUUUCUACUCUGGUUUAAAGCACAGCUCUGACUGGUGUUUUCUACUCUGGUUUAAAACACAGCUCAGACUGGUUUUCUACUCUGGUUUAAAGCACAGCUCUGACUGGUGUUUUCUACUCUGGUUUAAAGCACAGCUCUGACUGGUGUUUUCUACUCUGGUUUAAAGCACAGCUCAGACUGGUGUUUUCCACUCUGGUUUAAAGCACAGCUCAGACUGGUGUUUUCCACUCUGGUUUAAAGCACAGCUCAGACUGGUGUUUUCUACUCUGGUUUAAAGCACAGCUCUGACUGGUGUUUUCUACUCUGGUUUAAAGCACAGCUCUGACUGGUGUUUUCCACUCUGGUUUAAAGCACAGCUCUGACUGGUGUUUUCCACUCUGGUUUAAAGCACAGCUCUGACUGGUGUUUUCUACUCUGGUUUAAAGCACAGCUCAGACUGGUGUUUUCCACUCUGGUUUAAAGCACAGCUCAGACUGGUGUUUUCUACUCUGGUUUAAAGCACAGCUCUGACUGGUGUUUUCUACUCUGGUUUAAAGCACAGCUCUGACUGGUGUUUUCUACUCUGGUUUAAAGCACAGCUCAGACUGGUGUUUUCCACUCUGGUUUAAAGCACAGCUCAGACUGGUGUUUUCCACUCUGGUUUAAAGCACAGCUCAGACUGGUGUUUUCUACUCUGGUUUAAAGCACAGCUCUGACUGGUGUUUUCUACUCUGGUUUAAAGCACAGCUCUGACUGGUGUUUUCUACUCUGGUUUAAAGCACAGCUCUGACUGGUGUUUUCUACUCUGGUUUAAAGCACAGCUCUGACUGGUGUUUUCUACUCUGGUUUAAAGCACAGCUCAGACUGGUGUUUUCUACUCUGGUUUAAAGCACAGCUCUGACUGGUGUUUUCUACUCUGGUUUAAAGCACAGCUCAGACUGGUGUUUUCUACUCUGGUUUAAAGCACAGCUCAGACUGGUGUUUUCUACUCUAGUUUAAAGCACAGCUCAGACUGGUGUUUUCUACUCUGGUUUAAAGCACAGCUCUGACUGGUGUUUUCUACUCUGGUUUAAAGCACAGCUCUGACUGGUGUUUUCUACUCUGGUUUAAAGCACAGCUCAGACUGGUGUUUUCUACUCUGGUUUAAAGCACAGCUCAGACUGGUGUUUUCUACUCUGGUUUAAAACACAGCUCAGACUGCUAUGCACAUGCCUUAACUAACAACCCUGUUGUGUUUGUCACGACGAUGAUGAUGAUGAUGAUGAUGAUGAUGAUGAUGAUGAUGAUGAUGAUAAUAAAAACAACAGUGUUUACACACCCGAACAUACACACUUCCCAUGGUUUUCAUUUGCGGGAUGGAGAGAGAGAGGUAGAGGGGAGGAACUCUUGAUCUUAAAAGGCGGGAUCACAAUCGUCACCUAAACGUUCCUAUUGGCUCAUGGGGAUUUUGGAUGAUUGAUAGCGACAUAGGUGUGUCCCAAUCAUCUCUCCUUCCUCCCAGAGUGUGCACUUUGUUCACUUCCCUUCACAGGUUUUAAAAGGAAAUGACUGGUAUAAUGAAUAUGAUGAUUCCUACUAACUCAUGACUCCACCAAUCCAAGGCUUUUGGUUUUGAGAGAAGUAGUGAACGAGUGCACCCUUCAUAAGAAAGGAGAUAUUAUUGGGACGCCCCCUAUAUGCUCUCCUCAGUUAGAAGCCAUGUCAGCAAUUCACUAUAUAAACAGGUCUGUCUGUUGUUGAAGAUGCCUUGCCUAGUUAAAUAAAGAGGUUACAUAUAGUGUUCAUACUACCCUAUGGACUCUGGUCAAAAGCAGUGCACUUUAUAGGGAAUAGGGCUCUGGUCUAAAGUAGUGCCCUAUAUAGGGAAUAGGGCUCUGGUCUAAAGUAGUGCCCUAUAUAGGGAAUAGGGCUCUGGUCUAAAGUAGUGCCCUAUAUAGGGAAUAGGGCUCUGGUCUAAAGUAGUGCCCUAUAUAGGGAAUAGGGCUCUGGUCUAAAGUAGUGCCCUAUAUAGGGAAUAGGGCUCUGGUCUAAAGUAGUGCCCUAUAUAGGCAAUAGGGCUCUGGUCUAAAGUAGUGCACUAUAUAGGGAAUAGGGCUCUGGUCUAAAGUAGUGCCCUAUAUAGGGAAUAGGGUGCCAUUUCGGACCCUGAGCUUGUAGUUUGCAUCCAGAAGAAGUGAUGUCAGAGAGGAACUCAGUCCCAAAUGAGACUGAUCUGUCCCUGCUGUUCCCUACCUUGUAUUUACAUGUAUCUCUACUAAACCCUCUGAUGUGGCCUGUGUCCCAAAUGAGACUGAUCUGUCCCUGCUGUUCCCUACCUUGUAUUUACAUGUAUCUCUGUACUAAACCCUCUGAUGUGGACUGUGUCCCAAAUGAGACUGAUCUGUCCUUGCUGUUCCCUACCUUGUAUUUACAUGUAUCUCUCUACUAAACCCUCUGACGGGGGACUGUGUCCCAAAUGAGACUGAUCUGUCCCUGCUGUUCCCUACCUUGUAUUUACAUGUAUCUCUACUAAACCCUCUGAUGUGGUCUGUGUCCCAAAUGAGACUGAUCUGUCCUUGCUCUUCCCUACCUUGUAUUUACAUGUAUUUCUACUAAACCCUCUGAUGUGGGUUUGUGUCCCAAAUGAGACUGAUCUGUCCCUGCUGUUCCCUACCUUGUAUUUACAUGUAUCUCUCUACUAAACCCUCUGACGGGGGACUGUGUCCCAAAUGAGACUGAUCUGUCCCUGCUGUUCCCUACCUUGUAUUUACAUGUAUCUCUACUAAACCCUCUGACGGGGGACUGUGUCCCAAAUGAGACUGAUCUGUCCCUGCUGUUCCCUACCUUGUAUUUACAUGUAUCUCUGUACUAAACCCUCUGAUGUGGCCUGUGUCCCAAAUGAGACUGAUCUGUCCCUGCUGUUCCCUACCUUGUAUUUACAUGUAUCUCUACUAAACCCUCUGACGGGGGACUGUGUCCCAAAUGAGACUGAUCUGUCCCUGCUGUUCCCUACCUUGUAUUUACAUGUAUCUCUACUAAACCCUCUGAUGUGGCCUGUGUCCCAAAUGAGACUGAUCUGUCCUUGCUCUUCCCUACCUUGUAUUUACAUGUAUCUCUACUAAACCCUCUGAUGUGGGUUUGUGUCCCAAAUUACACCCUACUGCCUAUAUACUGCACUACUGUGUAGGGAUUAGGGUGCCGCUGAGACACUCCAUCGCCAACUGUCUUGCUCAGGAAAUAUCUAUCAGGAUUUCCUUGAUAAUGAAUGUCAGAAGCAUAAUAUUAAAAUAAAUAAACAUGAUAUGAUGUAAUUUGUUGUGACAGACAACUCAAGAGAUGGUCCAAUAAAAAUCGUUUUCAGGA